GUGGGGUACCAGGUGGCUUCAGUUGUAUAUGUAGGAAUAUAUUGUAUCUAUGUUCUUUAGAAUAAUGAUUGGAACUAAAUAUGACAAAAUUUUAAAAUUUGUGUAUGUUGGCUGGUAGGUAGAUGGAUGUUUUAUUACUGACAUUUUUUCUGAAAAGAUAAGAAAAAGAAUGGGUCAGAGAAGAUGAUAGAGACAUGAACAGCUAGCUGUAAAGAAAACUAAGUUUUCCAGGUGAAGAAUGGGCAUGGCAGAUACAGGUGAUUUUAGAGUGGAAAGGUGGGAUGAGGACUGAACAUGCCUCACUCAGACAUUCUAGCUAGUGAUUUCUUUUCUCUUGGUGUUUUUUUUAGAGAAAUAUGAAACGCAGUGGGAGCAGAAAUUGUUUGAAUAGGAGAAGUAGGUUUGGUUCUCGAGAAAGAGACUGGCUGAGAGAAGAUGUGAAGAGAGGCUGCGUUUACCUUUAUGGAGCAGACACUACCACUGCCACUACAACCGCCACCUCCUCUGCCUCCUCCUCCUCCUCCUCCGACUUACAUCUUGUCCUUUGCACAGUAGAGACACCAGCAUCAGAAAUAUGUGCUGGAGAGGGAAGGGAAAGUCUUUAUUUACAGCUUCAUGGAGACCUGGUCAGGAGGCUGGAACCUACUGAACGACCUCUUCAGAUUGUUUAUGAUUACUUAUCCAGGCUGGGAUAUGACGAUCCCGUGCGCAUACAGGAUGAGGCAACAAAUCCUGACCUUGGCUGUAUGCUUCGAUUUUAUGGUGAAAAACCAUGCCAGAUGGAUCAUCUGGAUCGAAUUCUUCUCUCUGGCAUCUAUAAUGUACGCAAAGGGAAGACCCAGCUGCAUAAGUGGGCUGAACGCCUAGUCGUUCUCUGUGGCACCUGCCUCAUCGUUUCCUCAGUAAAGGAUUGUCAAACUGGAAAGAUGCACAUCUUGCCUCUGGUUGGGGGAAAGGUAGAGGAAGUGAAGCGAAGGCAGUACUCCCUUGUAUUCAGCUCAGCUGGAGCCCAAGCUCAGACCUAUCAUGUCAGCUUUGAGACUUUGGCUGAGUACCAGAGAUGGCAACGGCAAGCGUCCAAGGUGGUGUCCCAGCGAAUCAGUACUGUCGAUCUCUCAUGUUACAGCCUUGAGGAGGUUCCUGAGCAUCUCUUCUACAGUCAAGAUAUCACCUACCUCAACUUGCGACACAACUUCAUGCAAUUAGAAAGACCAGGGGGCCUUGAUACUCUCUACAAAUUUUCUCAGCUGAAGGGCCUGAACUUGUCCCAUAAUAAACUUGGGUUGUUUCCUGUAUUGUUAUGUGAGAUUUCUACCCUGACUGAACUAAACCUUUCCUGUAAUGGAUUUCACGACUUGCCAAAUCAGAUUGGCAAUCUGCUGAAUCUUCAUACUCUCUGUCUUGAUGGCAACUAUCUGACGGCUUUGCCUGAAGAAUUGGGAAAUCUGCAACAGCUUUCCUCCUUGGGAAUUUCCUUCAACAACUUUAGUCAAAUUCCUGAGGUUUAUGAGAAACUCACUAUGUUAGAUAAAGUGGUUAUGGCAGGAAAUCGCCUGGAAGUGCUAAACGUAGGGCUGCUAAACAGGAUGAACCAUAUCAAACAUGUAGAUUUAAGGAUGAACCAUUUGAAAACCAUUGUUACUGAAAAUCUGGAGGGAAAUAAAUACAUCACCCACAUGGAUUUGCGGGACAAUCAGCUGACUGACUUAGAUCUUAGCUCCUUAUGUAGCUUGGAGCAGCUGCAUUGUGAGCGGAACCAGCUGAGGGAGCUGACACUCAGUGGCUUCUCCCUUCGAACUCUGUACGCCAGUUCAAACAGGCUAACAGCAGUGAAUGUCUAUCCAGUACCUAGUCAUCUCACUUCUCUAGAACUUUCCAGAAACCUGCUGGAGUGUGUCCCUGACUGGGCCUGUGAAGCAAAGAAGAUAGAAAUAUUAGAUGUGAGCUACAAUCUUUUGACAGAGAUUCCUGUGAGAAUUCUUAGUAGCCUGAGUCUUAGAAAACUGAUGUUGGGACAUAAUCAUGUGCAAAACCUUCCAGUGUUGGUCGAGCACAUCCCUCUUGAGGUGUUGGAUAUUCAGCAUAACCUACUCAACAGGCUGCCAGACACCCUCUUUUCCAAGGCCUUAAAUCUCAGGUACUUGAAUGCAUCUGCAAAUAGUCUGGAGUCUUUGCCAUCUGCUUGCACCGGGGAGGAGAGUCUGAGUGCCCUGCAGCUGCUCUAUCUGACCAACAACCUCCUGACAGAUCAGUGUGUGCCUGUCCUGGUGGGCCACCCGCACCUGCGAAUCUUGCAUCUUGCAAACAACCAGCUACAGACUUUUCCUGCAAGUAAACUAAAUAAAUUGGAGCAAUUGGAGGAACUGAACCUAAGUGGCAACAAGCUUAAAACCAUUCCCACGACUGUGGCGAACUGCAAAAGGCUGCACACCCUUGUCGCACACUCUAACAACAUCAGCAUUUUCCCGGAAAUACUGCAGUUGCCUCAGAUCCAGUUUGUAGACCUAAGCUGCAAUGACUUGACAGAAAUCCUGAUUCCAGAGGCUCUGCCUGCUACCUUACAAGACCUUGACCUGACUGGAAAUACAAAUCUGGUUCUGGAGCACAAGACGCUAGACACAUUUAGCCAUAUCACAACCCUGAAAAUCGAUCAGAAACCUUUGCCAUCCACCGAUUCUACAGUUACAUCAACCUUCUGGAGCCAUGGGCUGGCUGAGAUGGCAGGGCAGAGAAAUAAGCUGUGUGUAUCUGCCCUAGCUGUGGAUAACUUUGCAGAGGGGGUGGGCGCUGUGUAUGGCAUGUUUGAUGGGGACCGAAAUGAGGAGCUCCCGCGCCUGCUCCAGUGUACCAUGGCAGAUGUGCUUUUGGAAGAGGUACAGCAGUCAACAAAUGACAUAGUUUUCAUGGCUAACACCUUUUUGGUAUCUCACAGAAAAUUAGGAAUGGCUGGUCAGAAGCUAGGCUCUUCUGCUCUCCUUUGUUACAUCCGCCCUGACACUGCUGAUCCAACAAAUAGUUUUAGCUUGACUGUGGCCAAUGUUGGCACUUGCCAAGCAGUCCUGUGCCGAGGUGGGAAACCAGUGACCCUCUCUAAAGUCUUCAGCCUGGAACAGGAUGCGGAGGAGGCUCAAAGGGUGAAGGACCAAAAAGCCAUCAUAACAGAGGAUAACAAAGUGAACGGGGUAACCUGCUGUACUCGGAUGCUGGGCUGUGCAUACCUCCACCCCUGGAUCCUCCCAAAGCCCCACAUAUCUUCCACUACACUUAGCAUUCAAGACGAGUUGCUGAUUCUGGGAAACAAAGCAUUGUGGGAACACUUGUCAUAUACAGAGGCUGUCAACGCAGUACGCCAUGUACAAGACCCAUUAGCAGCUGCCAAGAAGCUGUGCACAUUAGCCCAGAGCUAUGGUUGUCAGGACAAUGUGGGGGCAAUGGUGGUUUACCUGAACAUUGGUGAAGAAGGCUGCACUUGUGAGAUGAAUGGGCUCAGCCUCCCAGGUCCUGUGGGAUUUGCUUCAACUGCUGCCAUCAAGGACCCGCCCAAGCCAACCACUCCUUCCUCCAGUAGUGGUAUUGCCUCUGAAUUCAGCAGCGAGAUGUCCACUUCAGAGGUGAGCAGCGAGGUGGGGUCCACUGCUUCUGAUGAACAUAACACCGUCGGCCUGGAUGCCGGCCUGCUUCCAAGGCCAGAGAGGCGCUGCAGCCUCCAUCCAGCGCCCACCUCUGGAGUUUUUCAGCGCCAGCCUUCUUGUGCGACUUUUUCAAGUAACCAGUCCGACAAUGGCCUGGACAGUGAUGAUGACCAGCCCGUUGAAGGGGUGAUAACAAACGGCAGCAAGGUGGAAGUGGAGGUAGACAUCCACUGCUGUAGGGGAAGGGAUCUUGAGAACUCGCCCACUCUCACCGAGAAUUCUCCUGCCCCAUGUCCUGCGGAACAUGCGAGAGGAUUGUUUUUUGGGAUCCGAAGACAGAACAGUGUGAAUAGUGGCAUACUUCUGCCAGUGAGCAAGGACAAGAUGGAGUUACAGAAGUCUCCCUCCACUUCCUGUCUCUAUGGAAAGAAACUCUCUAAUGGCUCUAUUGUACCCCUAGAAGAUAGCCUGAACCUCAUUGAGGUGGCCACAGAAGCACCCAAGAAGAAAACUGGCUAUUUUGCCGCCCCAACUCAGCUGGAGCCUGAGGAUCAGUUUGUUGUACCCCGUGACCUAGAAGAGGAAGUGAAGGAGCAAAUGAAGCAACACCAGGAAAGCAGGCCUGAGCCUGAGCCCAGCGAAGAGGAUCGGACCGAGCUCCCGGAGGAGUUUGACACAGCACUGUAAUCCUUCCCCAGCACCCCCAGAGUUAGGGAAGGCUAUGUAGUGUUGGGGCGGGGGACCUUUCCAGACACAUUUUGCCUCUGCAUUUCUAAACCAUAAAUGAGGGGUUAGAACUCGGAGCCAAAAAUGGUGAGAGCUAUCAGGGUCUCGCUCGGAUAAGCUAGUCAACACCAUCAGUGUUAAGUUUCACAUUUAACCUGUGUUGGAAUUCCCAGAGUCACUGGGAAGAAAGCAAAUGUUGCUCUGUAUCAGUCCUACCACCUGCCAUUAACCCUUUCUCUCCUAGGAUAACUUUGAGAAUUUGCCUGCCUGGGCAGGAAAGGGACUAUUUCUGUGGAGGAAAUAACUGAAGAUGAUUCCCUUUACUGAUUGCUGCUGAUGGAUCUCUGUGACAGAGAAAUCACCUUAUAUCUCAACCUAACUGAUGGGAUGUGAUGUGACUAGUCACAUGGCUUUUCAUUCUUCUCUACGAGAAUACAGCCUAUCGAAAUGACGUUUAUUGGAAAAUAUAGAACCAAUCAAACAGAUAAUUUAUGUAUGUAAUGUAAUGAGAGCACUUUUCAUUGACUGUGAACUUUUUAUUUUUGAAUCUGCACUCGAGCCAAUCUUCCUAGAGGCAGCCCAGCACCUUUGUCCAUAGGCAGAAUGAUCAUCAGGUGUUGGAGCCUUCUGUAAGGGUACUGGGAAGGACCCUGGGAAAUUGAUUUAACUGGUGGCUGUCAGACUGUGAAAGCUCAUGAGAAACUUGGGGGAGUAGGAUCUUCUUUGGGGAUGAAGAUGGAAAAGGAAUGAGGCUUAAAACUGCUUUCCUCCAAAUCACAGAAAGAAUAACUCCUUGACAAAUGUGACACCUGCUAGGAAUUUCCCAGCGCAUCACAAGAGAGGCAUUUGGGGAUUGGCCUCUUUCCGUAAUGUGAUGGAGUUGGCCAGUGAGCCUCCUAAUAUAUAGGGCCAAGGUGGAUGCCACUCACAUCUAAGUAACCUUGAGCUAUAGCAGAUGACCUUGAACAGACAGGCUGAAUGCGAACAGAAGGAUAAAUGGAGCUCAUGGGUUUGACAGAUUCUGUCUCUUAACUCUAGAGCAGAGGGAUGGUUUUCUAAAAUGUCGCAAGUGAGCUGGGAGUUCACCUCCUUAAUGCUUAACAGAGUACUCUUCUGAAACUGCUACCCACCUCACGUGGUUUCAGAGUACUAGGCUCAAAUACUAAUAUAAGAAAGACUUAAGUGAGAAAGCCCUAAGCUUACAGAAAAUCUGGUUUACUGUAUUUUUGCACAUUCCACGAAACCCUAGCAAAAUGCAGUUUCUUCCAUAUUUCUGUUCUGUUGCCUUUACCAUUAGAUUUACUUAGGAAAAUGAAUUCUUAUUUAUUCCUACAAAAUUUUGACAUUGCUUGAUUUUAUCCAAUGGGGAAUGUGCUUUGAAUUUCUAGAAUACUUUUACAAUUAAAAAGAAAGUAGAGUGGAACCAUUUUUAAUUUGUUUCAUGAGAAACAAUGUUAAAGAUAGGGUUGAUACAUACAUAUAUAUAUAUAUGUAGGGGGGGUGAAGUUUUUUUUAAAGCAAUAGUAGAAAACCAGAUGACCUGUCUACAGAUGGUUAUGUAUCUUCAUCUUUUCAGAGGUCCCAUGCCCAUGUGCAUGUUUCAGUGGGGUAUAUUCUUGGGGGAUUCCACACCACUCCAAUGGCUGUUUAAUGUUUAACCCCUCAAGAAUCUGAAUUUGAGACCCCACAAUGUCAGGUACACUUGACUUCCUUGUGUCAAACUACUGGUCAGCUACUGCAGAAUAUUAGAACUCAGGUCUUGAUUUGAAGUGGGGAACGUAGUGGUUCAUACAAAGUUUUAGGUGCUUAGAAAGAUGGGAACAAUAGUGUGUUGCUGCCUUAUUUUUAUAUGGGAAAAUGGAAAAAAUGAAGGAAACGCCCAAGAUAAUAGUGAUGAGUGUUGUAAAGAUCUUCUUACCCAGACAGCAGAACCUUUGAGUUAUGUAAUAGUGAUAUUGUCUAGAAAAGAAAGUUGUUUGGGGAAUACACCACUUUAAUAGUAUAGUUUCUUAAAAUUUUUUAUCUGUGAACUCUCUUCCUGUAUUCUCUUUAUUACCCACCCUACUUAUUGGAACCACUACAAAACCCAAUUCUGAAAUGACUAACAAAAGUUAAAUGUAUUUACUUUUUAGUCAGAACAACUCUAAAAUUCCAAAUGUUCUUCUAUGUGGUAUAUUUAUUUUCAGGAAAUAGGUUGUAUUGAAAACCUUUAAUAUAGGCUAUACCAAACUAUUUUUAGUAACUUCUUUUAAUUCAUUUUCCUCUAUAAUUGCUCUGUAUUCAAACAGAGUGGUAAAAAGGCCAUAGCCCAUUACCAAAAAUAUACAGAAUCUUUUGACCGAUAAGGUCAUGUACAGUCAUUGUGUGAUCUGAUUAGACUGUCAGGUGGUGAAAGCCAGUAAUCUGUCACCAGGUGAAUGUAACCUACUUCCUAGGACAUUACCCAGAGGAUAUGUUCCCCAGGUGGGCAGAGUACCAUGAUCUCUAGUCCAGAGAUUCUGGCCUCUGCAUGAUUCUCAGGUCUCUGUGUGUACCUCCCAUUUAAUAGGACAUCAUUCCUGCCUAUGGGAGCAGUUCAGCAGUCCCACGGAAGAAAGAAAAAUGCAUGAGUCUUGGCAGCCAUGGUAUUCUUAUUUUCAUCCAAAUGGAUUGGGAAUAUAUUUGAAAAUUUGAACGCUGGUAUAUCAUAAAGCAACAGUGCUACCAUAGUCAUUGAAUUACCACUCCUAAUACAAGCGAAGGCUUUAUUGUACUACUGUAGAGUGUAUGUGUGCAAUAAGUUGAUGAAUUCAUUUUCCUGGUGUAUAGAAGAGCCAACACGAGCAGCUUGGUAACCAUUGGGUGCUAUUAUAAUUGUCUGUAGCGAGCGCUGUUUUUCAGGAGAUGGAGCCAGUUAGUUAGGUUUGGCUGAUCUACUGAAUAUCAAAUGAUGCUCUUCUUUCCAUGUAAACCUUCAGCGAAAGCAGGUACUUGGAAGCCACAGGCUCGCCUUCUCUAUCUACUCAACAAUUAAUUAAUGAAGAGACCUCCAUAAGGGAGCACUUGGCUGUUAUUGAUAAAUGUACCAAUUGUUAAAUAAUUAGUCUCCAAGCCAUUCAGUGAUGUUUGCAGCAUCACUAUAGAACUGUCUUGUGUCACUUUUUACUUCCCUCUGGGUGGAGCCUUUCAGAUCCCCCAGUCAUGGAGGCAAGUUCAUCUUUCUCUCCAGUUAGUGACUUUUGCCCUGUAGUUGGGUAAGCACUUCCUAGAUUGAGAAAAACAGCUACAAGUAAAUUCUGCUCUGUAUCCCUCAUUUGGUGAUCAUUCAAUCACACAUAAGCUCCUUGUAUUCUAAAUUCCAUGCACUUCUCCCAGAUGCUAUAGGGUUUUCUCUCACUGUUGCCAAUGGAUGUCAUCCAAACAGUGAGUUCAUAUCUUACAGUUUUGUGCAAUCAUUGUCGUAUUGUAGUCCUAAGACUCAUUAUAGUGUAUUUUUGAUAUUUUUUGAAAUGUGUUAAAUUUUUUAAUUCAAUAAUAUGAGCCAGAGCAUGUUGCAGCAAAUCUAUUGUUUGUAAAAAAUAAUAACAACAAUAAUAAAUAAAAUAAAAUGGAAUAUCUUUUUCA